UGAUGUUUGACUUCAGAGUGUGAGUCCAAACUUUGCGUCUAUGAGAGCAGGAGAGGUUCGACCUGAAGAGACCUUCACACAAGCGACACCAUGCUGAUCCUUCUGGGCGCCAUCAUUGUCCUGCACAUCAUCGGCAUCAUCCUCCUGCUGGUGGCCACCAUCGACAACGCCUGGUGGUUCACCGACACCAUCUCCACCGACAUCUGGUUCCGAUGGGUGAAGACCGACGGCGUGUGGAACACCACCGACCUGCCGGAUCACUACCCAGAAAGUUACCUCCAGGCGGUGCAGGCGAGCGCUGUGCUGGCCUGUAUCUUCUCCAUCAUUGGAAUCUUCGUCUUCGUGGCUCAGCUCUUCACUCUGGCUAAAGGUCAACGCUUCACCAUCUCCGGAAUCUUCCAGAUGCUGGCCUGUCUCUGCAUCAUGAUCGCUGCCUCCAUCUACACGGAUCGCUUCCACCUGGACGAGAAGUUCGGCUGGUACGGUCACUGCUACAUCCUGGCCUGGAUCUCCUUCGCCAUCACCUUCAUCUCCUCCAUCACCUACUUCGUGCUGCGUAAGAAGACGGCUUAAGAAGGACGCCGCCGCGGCUCCCGCCAGCCCUACACCUGCUGGAUCACCUGACUCGGACUUCCUGCCACCACACUUCCUGAGACUUCCACGUCAGCCGACGGCUCCUCCCGUCACUCCCUUGUGCCAUGUUCCACUCGUACCCCCAAUCAUGCCAACCGUAACCUGUCGGCUAGCAAAACUCAAAUUCGCCACAAGCCAGCUGACACACUAACACUUUCCUCAGGACACUAGUUCCAGCCAUCAAAACAGUUGAUUCUAUUCUAUGUAUUUCUGUUUGCUACAUUAGCGGUCAUGCUAGGUAUUGGACCGACAUGGAAGCCUGAUCUUUCACUCCGAGCGUCCGACCUUGACCUUGCAUGUGCGUCUGCUUUCUCACACUCUUCAACUUAAUCGGGGCUAAUGAUCAAUACCGAUACCAUCGUCUCCUAAUGACGUUGAGAUGCCGCGACCUAGCAUCACACAACCUUCGUGAUUCAGCAACUGACUGUGAUGCCCUCCUAUCAAAACAAUCCUGAUGAGUCAGCGUGCUAACAUGCUAAGCUAAUGACUUGAGAUCGGGGCAGCAGCUGCCACCAUCAGGUCUGGAACCAGCAACCAGCCGAGUGAAGACGAAACCUUUUUUAUUUGAUGCAGAUUUACGUAUAAAACGAGUGUUUGGAUGAAAGGGGUGUUUUUUUUCUUUAUAGUUGAUCAUUUGCUGAGAUCAUGUGACAGAUCAUGUGACCUUGUGUCCAGAGUCAGUUCGUGGGCGUGAAAUAAAUAAAUAAAUAUCCCGGCAGUAACAAACGUCACAAACUGCCGACUCAUCAGUUUGUGUCGCCACAGAAGGAAACUGAGAUGAAAGUGUAAAUAAUUCUGUUUCCUGUUUUUGGCUUUGUUUGUUUGUCCGAUGUUUAUUUUGAGAUUUUGUUUUUGGACCGUGAGUUUGCAACAAUAAAACUUGAUUCUAAAGCGA